GAAGCAGCGACCAGACCAGAGAUAUUCCGCUCCGCCCUGUACCGUUUCUUCCCCUCCCCUGCACUCCCCCAUAAGCAAAAAGUGAAUCUCACAGCAGACAGACUCUCACGCAUCCAGAUUCGCUCGUCUCGAUCGACGACUCCGCUUCGAUCCAGAUACCCGUUUGAGGAGAGAGAGAGUUUCGCCCGAGGGCACCCGGCUAGAUCACUGCAACGUUUGCCAUCCGCCAUCCGCCAUCCACCAUUCUCCAUCCACCAUCCGCCAUCCGCCAUCCGCCAUGAGCGCGAGCGGCGCAGCCGCGGCGACGGCCACAGCCGCAGCCGCCAGCCUGAAGCAGCGCCGGCCGCCGGCGGACGGGCAGCAGCCGGCCGUCGCGGCGGACGAGAUUAAGAACAAGGCCAAGCCGCGCGGCGCGUCCCCUCGCCGGCGAUCUGGCUGGCUCGUGCUGCUCGUGAUCGUUGUCGCGGCAGCGGCGGCGGCGGCGGGAGCGGGUUACCUGUGGUGGCGAGAGUACGGCGAGUACGGCGAGGGCGCGGAGGAGGGGGACCAAGAGAGCGCCGCGGCGAGCGAGAAGGCGGCGACGAGGCCGAAGCCGCGGAAAGCCCAAUGGCAAGCCGAUAAGCUGUGGCGGGCGGAGGAACUCGCCAAGUACAACGGCUCUCAGAAGGGCCUUCCGCUGCUGCUGGGCAUCCUAGGGGACGUGUUUGAUGUGAGCAAGGGCAAGAAGCACUACGGCAAGGGGCAGGGCUACAACCACUUCGCUGGCAGGGACGCCUCGAGAGCAUUUGUGUCGGGCAACUUCUCAGGCGAGGGGCUGACGGACGACCUGGAAGGGCUGACAGGCGAGCAGUGCAUCGGCAUUGCUGACUGGCGGGACUUCUACUUCAAGACGUACAUCCACGUGGGGAAGCUGGUGGGGCGGUUCUAUGACGAGCAGGGGAGGGCGAGGGAUGCGCUGGGGGAGUUCGAGGUGCUGCUGAAGGAGGGCAAGCGGCUGAGGGGCGUGGCGAAGGCGGUGGAGAAGAAGUACCCCGGCUGCAACUCGCGAUGGGCGCAGAACGAGGGAGGCAAGGUGUGGUGUGACAGCGGAGUCCCCCGCAAGAUCCCCCGCAUGCCCGAGGCGGAGGGCGGGCCUGUGGGCGGCAGUGAGGACACGCGGUGUGCGUGCUUCAGCAAGGAGCAGCUGGCAAGCCGCAACGACCUGCAGGAGUAUGAUGGGUGCGACCCUGAGGCCAUUAAAUGUGUGUCGUCGCCACCUGAAGACCCCAAUGCUGCUGCAGCAGGGGAUGGCAGUGAGGAGGACGAGGAGUGAAGGGAGAGAGGGAGUGUGACUCGUUCCAGGGGGUGCACUAGGGUGCAGCUGGGGAAGGGGACUUGUGCCCUGCAGCUGUGCGAUGGGUGGCACCGUGGGGCCAUGAAGUGUGAGUCGUCGCCGACUGAGGACCCCAUUGCCGUGCCCUCAAGGGAUGGGGGCAGGCCUGACGUUUAAAAAAAAGGCACAUUGAGAAAGUUCAAGCGAAAGAAUGUCUAGAACAAGGUGUUGGAAAUACCUCAAGGACUUGAGCGUUUCUGAAGUGUAACACCACACUCGAGGAAGGUCGUAACGGGUACGCGAGUCAGCGGAGGUUACACGAGGGGAUGGACAAACAACACGAAAGGACUCGAAGGGUCGCAACUGGAGGUUGCGACUGACAGUUACAAUUGCAAAGAUGGUAACCGAAGCAACAAUCGAGUCGCUGUGCAGUCGAGCAAACAGGAACUAAUCGCACUAUCUUCGGCUGAAGCAGAAUAUAUCGCCCUCUGCACUGCGACCAAGGAAGGACUUUACCUGCGAGAGUUACUUGAGGAAGCAAAGAUUGCGACCCUGCCCGUCUUCUCACUCCUCUGCGACAACCAAUCUGCGAUCAAAAUCGCGAACAAGGACGGCUUCGCCAACCGAACCAAGCACAUCGCUCUGCGAUACUUCUUCGUCAAGGAUGAAAUCGCGAAGGGGAGACUUCAACUCAGUUACUGCCCUACGACAGAAAUGGCCGCAGUCUACCUGACGAAGAAACUGGCGAAGGAAAAGUUCGAUUACUGCAUGCAGCUGACUGGGCAGAAAACGUCACCGGAUCUGAACACAUCAGCACUCCAGAAACGAAGGGGAGUGUUGGAAAUACCUCAAGGACUUCAGCGUUUAUGAAGUGUAACACCACACUCGAGGAAGGUCGUAACGGGUACGCGAGUCAGCGGAGGUUACACGAGGGGAUGGACAAACAACACGAAAGGACUCGAAGGGUCGCAACUGGAGGUUGCGACUGACAGUUACAACUGCAAAGAUGGUAACCGAAGCGACAAUCGAGUCGCUGUGCGACUCGAUAACCGCUCUUUCAACUGUA